AUUUUUAGUCAAAAUUUAGCGUUUGUUUGUAUUUUAGCGUUGAUCCUACGCGUUCAAUUCUAAUCAGUAUAUCUUGCUUGUCAUUAAUAAAAUUGCAAUCUUUUUUUAGUCAAUUGGCUAUCUGGCAUGUCGGACGAGGAAGAAUACGCAGAAGAGUUUGAAGGAGAAGAUGACGAGGUUGACGAGCCUGAACCAUCACAGGAAGAUGAUGAUUUGCCUCCUGUCGACGACGUGGAGCCGCCACCACCCCCACAAGAAGAACCUGAUGUGGACAUAGAGGCUCCACCCAUCAAUGAAGAUGAGCCCCCUGAACCUAAUGAUGAUAACGCCCGUUCAGUUUCCAAUUCCGAUAUUGAGAUCCCCAACUAUGAAGCCGUUGACACGGGUACUUACGCCCAGGACGAGUUCCAGUUCCAACAACCACAGGCGUAUAACGAAGGUAGUGAAUGGGCACCAUUGAUAGCUGAAGAAGAGUGGUUGAUUGACGAUGGAUGGACCUUAGAGGAGAAUCAGGAGGGGCCUAACGCCCCAGUGUUAGAAGAGGAAGAUUAUAAAGAUACAGAUAAACACAUUAAAUUCAUCUUGGAAAGACGAUCAUUCUAUGACAAUCAACAGCCUUUUUUUGGAAAUGAUGAUGUGGAAAUUGAAGAACAAUCAGACGAAGAUUCAAUCUUACCGGAAGAAGUAGAACCAGAACCGGAAAUAGUCACGAGUGAGCAGGAAUUUAUUAACGUGCAUAUGACAAUUCCUGAAGCCCCUGCGAUAGAACGUCUCGAUAAAGAAUGCCACACCUCCACGAAUCAAGUUUUCGACCCAUUGGUAACAUAUUUGGAAGAGAAAGAACCCUACACGAGUACUACAGAACCACGCAUGUACCGAUGUCCAAGUAUCGACACUUUCUUCCGUACCCAAAAAGGCCCCACAGUUCAGCUCUAUUUGUAUCCUGGAAAUAAAAUUAUCAGCAAAGAGUGCAGACUCGACACCAAUAUCUUUCAGCUAAAAGUAGCCAUUGGAAGGUACGUUCGCGUGCCCCCUACGCAUUUAGACAUCCGGAAAAAUAGAAACUUAAUUUCUGAAGAUAAAACUUUGUACGACUUGGGGGCAAGACCUACGAAAAAGAUCAAAUUCACCGUUGAAAUUAAUCGCCGCAUCCCUGGCACUUAUGAGCUCAACCUCCCCAGAGAUCGCAGCGUCGUCGAAAAAAUCCCGGACGUCAGUCGAAAAGUGCGAGUACGGCUGGAUGACGGGACCACGCGCAUAGUUCAGGUCAACAUUACAUUCGCCCAAGAAAAUAAACCCAUGUUGGGCGGGUUUGUGGACAAACGUAACAACAAAGUUUACCAUCAUGCCGCCACCGGAGUGGAAGUUGAUUACAAGCCGUACAGACCUUCUCAGACAAACGUAGCUGUUCAAGCCUAUUCUACAAAAGUGUCGCAAGUGCAAAGCCUUUCCAACAAAGGUCAGCAGAUGGAAAAGAGAGGCUUCUACGUCUCAGAGGUUAACGACUACUGCAAAUAUCCCAAGCCUUACACAUCUUUCGAGAUGAUUCAGAAAAAACGCCACCAUUCGGCCAUCAUAAUUCAGACUAAUUGGCGUCGUCUCAUGGCCAUCAAGGAGCGGCGUCGUCGCGAAGAAGGGCUUAUUAAAAGGGUUCAAUGGGCGGAACGUGUCCGUAUGGGAAGACUUGAGCAAAGAAAAGAAAUCAUGAGCAAGGAAAUCGAACGACAAGAAAAUCCUAAGCGACCCGUAGAUCUCGAGCUGCUCUAUAGAGCGAUCAACGUGUGGCGUCAAGAGCAGGAGGAUUGGGUCAACCUUAAUCGUUGGGGGGCUGAGAAGAAAGCAGCCCUCGCAGCCCUAACCGACAUCGAGUCAGAUCUGCUCCUUGACCUGGAGAGGACAAAGAAUAGGAUUGAAGUGCAAGAAAGAGGGAACAAGAUCCUCAGAGAAUUCGAACGGAUGGGUCAUCCAAAACGGUGGUUGAGUGAAAAAACAAAAAAUUUUAUUGUAGCGGAUGACAAUGGGAAAGCUCACGUGCGAGAAUUGCAAGCCAUCUAUAUUGAACUUCAAACCCCCGUGGCUCGUACUCCAGAAGGUGUCCGACUCCGAUGCGCCCUUCUCAGCAGACUCGACCACAUGACCAAAGUCGUACAUACCAAUAUGUCUGAAAUGCUUAGGGAGCUCUUAACUCGAGAACUGAGCUUUCUCCGAUCUCCAAAAUGCAGUCCCGUCCUACUGGCCGGAGUUCGAAGGAGAAUAAGCUCCACAUUUUUCUUUCUGUGUCAAGACCCCAUAUUUAAUCCUGAAGCUAAACGAGUCCAAAAAAUUCCCCAUGAUUUGACAAAACUAAAGAAAGAUAUGCGACAAUGUCACGGAUGUCGCCGCAUGAUGCAUGUCGGACAAUUCACUGUGAUAAAGGGCACAACUUUAACAAAUAGAUGUUUAUCAUGUAUGAAUCUAUACCGAACUGCGAUUCAAAGAAUCGACCUCAACCUGUACAGACACAUGCUCAAAGAAUUGCGUAGGGAUGAAUUGGCAGCCGGGGUUAUAAACAGUGUCACAUUUUUGAUGGAUGCGUUUGACCUGAAAUUCCUUGUGGAUGAGAUUUGGCACGCGCAAAGCGCCCUGAGCGGCAUUGACAAUCGAUAUCUGCUUCGUCUCUGUCGUUUCAGGAAGGAAACCCCUUGGGCGCCCUGGAACUGCGUGCUACUUACGGACGAAGAAGCCACGGCACAUCUUCAACUGGAUAACUUGAAGGAUGCCUACAAGCCGACUUUUUUCCAUAAAGUUCUAGUCAAACAAUGCACGGCGAAACAAUAUUUCCACGGAAUUUCUCGACUUCGAAUCGGAUUGGACGAAAGGGUCAAUGAAAAUUGUAAGACGGCGGAAGCACGGGCAAAAAAGAUGGGCGAGAUUAAGCAGAAGGUGCUGAAAAGGAUGAAAGUUCUUGCGAUGCUCAGCUAAUUUUUUUUGUAUUUGACUUACGCAAGAUAGAUAAGAUGCAUGUUCAAAACUAUG